AGUGGAUCUUCCCAGACGCGACACGCGGUUCAUUCAUUCACACUUUUCGACAGUGGGGCAUGUGUUUUCAAUAGCAAAACAUUUACAACAUCUGCACGGAAUAAUUUUGCUUGCACAGAGCAACCACGAAUAUAUUCACAAUAAGUACUGACUUAAAGUCUGAACAUGACAAAAAUCCUGUCAGCCUGCAACGUCGUCAAAUCACUGAGGCAAGCAUGGCUCUCUGCCAGAAGAAGCAGCCACCCCUCCUGUAUGAAGAGGUCUUCACGGCUUUUAUCUGUAAAGGCCCGAACGGCCAACGUGGUCCUUGAAGAUGGUACCCGGAUGAAGGGCUUCUCCUUUGGGUAUGAACACUCAGCAGGUGGGGAGCUGGUCUUCAAUACCGGUCUGGUGGGUUACCCAGAGGCCCUGACUGACCCCAGCUAUAGAGGUCAGAUCCUGACUCUUACCUAUCCCAUUGUGGGGAACUAUGGCGUUCCAAACACACAAGAGCUGGACGAGCUGGGCCUGAGGAGAAACAUUGAGUCAGAACGCAUACAGGUGUCUGGUCUGCUUGUACAGGACUACAGUCACGAAUACAGCCACUGGAACUCUGUCAAGUCUCUGGGAAAGUGGCUACAGGAGGAGAAGGUCCCUGCAUUGUUUGGUGUGGACACCAGAAUGCUGACCAAGAUCAUCAGAGACAAGGGUACAGUGUUGGGGAAGAUUGAGUUUGAGGGCCAGCCGGUGGAAAUAUCAGACCCCAACCGGCUAAACAUUGUAGCAGAAGUAUCCACAAAGGAGACCAAAGUGUUUGGGAAAGGCAACCCUAUCAAAGUCGUGGCUGUUGACUGUGGCAUCAAACACAAUAUCAUCCGACUGUUGGUUAAGCGUGGAGCUGAAGUCCAUCUGGUGCCUUGGAACCAGGACUUAAUGAACCUGGAGUAUGACGGCCUAUUCAUCUCCAACGGCCCUGGCGACCCAUCUUUGGCUGUAGAACUCAUACAAAAUGUCCGCAAGGUGCUGGAGAGUGACCGGUCACAGCCAGUCUUUGGUAUCUGUAUGGGCAACCAGAUCACAGCGCUGGCUGCUGGGGCCAAGUCAUACAAACUGCCAAUGGGCAACAGAGGUCAGAACCAGCCUGUGUUGAACGUAAUGACGGGACAGGCCUUCAUCACAGCCCAGAACCAUGGUUAUGGAAUCGACAGUAGUUCUCUACCACCCGGAUGGAGCCCACUUUUCGUUAACGCCAAUGAUGGAACCAAUGAGGGCAUCAUGCAUGACACCAAGCCAGUCUUCACAGCUCAGUUCCAUCCUGAGGCCAAAGGAGGACCAACAGACACUGAGUUCCUGUUUGAUGCGUUCAUAUCCUUGAUAAAGAAUGGGAAGGAUGGCAACAUUGUGUCGGUCAUGCCCAAGAAACCUGUCAUCCCACCCAGAACUCAGGUGACCAAGGUGCUGGUUUUGGGGUCCGGAGGCCUGUCCAUUGGUCAGGCUGGGGAGUUUGACUACUCCGGAUCUCAGGCUGUCAAAGCCAUGAAGGAGGAGAAUGUGAGGACGGUGCUGAUGAAUCCGAACAUCGCAUCGGUGCAGACCAACGAGGUGGGCACCAAACAGGCUGACUCGGUCUACUUCCUGCCAGUCACCCCUCAGUUUGUCACUGAGGUCAUCAAGACGGAAAGACCUGAUGGAAUCCUGUUGUCCAUGGGUGGACAGACGGCGCUUAACUGUGGCGUGGAGCUGUUCCGGAGUGGGGUGCUACAGGAGUAUGGGGUCAAGGUGUUGGGGACCCCGGUAGAGUCCAUCAUGGCUACCGAGGACAGACAGCUGUUUGCUGACAAACUCAACGAGAUCAAGGAGAAGAUCGCCCCCAGCUUUGCGGUCGAGACGGUGGCAGAUGCCCUGAAGGCAGCGGAUCAGAUCGGCUACCCCGUCAUGCUUCGCUCUGCCUAUGCCCUGGGGGGACUGGGCUCGGGGCUGUGUGCCAACCAGGACAGGCUGGAAGAGACCGCUCAGAAGGCUCUGGCGAUGAGCAGUCAGAUCCUGGUGGAAAAGUCUCUGAUGGGUUGGAAGGAGGUGGAAUAUGAGGUGGUUAGGGACGUCGCUGACAAUUGUGUCACUGUCUGUAACAUGGAGAACUUUGACCCCCUCGGCAUACACACAGGGGACUCUAUCGUGGUAGCUCCCAGUCAGACGUUGUCCAAUGAGGAGUACCACAUGCUGCGUGAGACGGCCAUCAAGGUGGUGCGUCAUUUGGGCAUCGUGGGAGAGUGCAACAUCCAGUACGCCCUGCACCCUGCCUCUCUUGAAUACUGCAUUAUAGAGGUCAACGCCCGGCUCUCGCGCAGCUCCGCCCUCGCAUCCAAGGCCACUGGGUACCCACUGGCAUUUGUGGCAGCCAAGCUAGCUUUGGGCAUUCCUCUCCCGGAGAUCAAGAACGCUGUGUCGGAGAAAACCACGGCCUGUUUCGAGCCCAGCAUGGAUUACAUUGUUACUAAGAUCCCUCGCUGGGACCUCGAUCGCUUCCAAGGAAUGUCCCGAGAGAUAGGCAGCUCCAUGAAGAGCGUUGGAGAGGUGAUGGCAGUGGGUCGUACGUUUGAGGAGAGCAUGCAGAAGGCCCUGAGGAUGUGCCACCCGUCUGUGGACGGCUUUGUUCCUCGCCUGCCCCUGAACAGGGCCUGGUCUGAACAGCAGGACUUGCAACAGGAGCUGGCAGUGCCUUCCAGCACUCGGGUCUUCUCAUUGGCCAAGGCACUUCACAGCGGCGUUACGGUAGACCAGAUCCACCAUCUCACUGCCAUAGACAAGUGGUUCCUACACAAGCUACGCCGAAUCACAGAGCUGGAGAAGCACCUCAACCAGUUCACCAGUUCCACAGUUCCCCAAGGCCUGCUGCUAAAGGCUAAACAGGAUGGCUUUUCAGACCGCCAGGUGGGCCAGGCCUUGGGUUUCAGUGAGGGGGAGGCCAGGGCACUGCGGCUGGGUCAAAACAUUAAACCCUGGGUCAAACAGAUUGACACCCUGGCUGCAGAGUACCCCGCUGUCACUAACUACCUGUACUGCACCUACCACGGACAUGAGCACGACCUGGAGUUCAAGGACCAGGGUGUCAUGGUGCUUGGAUGCGGUCCCUAUCACAUCGGGAGUAGUGUGGAGUUUGACUGGUGUGCCGUAUCCAGUAUCCGAGCCCUGCGUCAGAUGGGCCGGCGCACGGUGGUGGUCAACCACAACCCAGAGACGGUCAGCACGGAUUUUGAUGAGUGUGACCGCCUGUACUUCGAGGAGCUGACCCUGGAACGCAUCCUGGAUAUCACACGACAAGAGGGCUGUACAGGCAGCAUCGUGUCUGUGGGGGGACAGAUCCCCAAUAACCUGGCCAUGCCUCUGCACCUGAACGGGGUCAACAUCUUAGGAACCAGCCCCCUGCAGAUCGACAGAGCCGAGGAGAGAUCCGUGUUCUCCACCAUUCUGGAUGAACUGGGGGUUGACCAGGCUCCAUGGAAGGCUCUUAGCUCACUGGAAGAUGCCUAUGCGUUUGCCAAUAAAGUGGGCUACCCCUGCCUCCUGCGCCCCUCGUAUGUUCUCAGUGGCUCCGCGAUGAAUGUGGCGUAUGGUGAUGAUGAGAUGAGGGGGUUCUUGGAGGAGGCCACUCAGGUGUCACAGGAGCAUCCAGUAGUCAUCACCAAGUUUAUCAGUGGAGCCAGAGAGGUGGAGGUUGAUGCAGUGGCCAAGAUGGGAAAAGUGCUGGCCCAUGCUAUAACAGAACAUGUGGAGGAUGCUGGGGUACACUCUGGAGAUGCCACGCUGAUGUUGCCGACCCAAAGCAUUAGCCAGGGAGCAAUAGAGAAGGUGAAGACUGCCACACGGAAAAUUGCCAAGGCGUUUGAGAUCUCUGGGCCAUUCAACACUCAGUUCCUAGUGAAAGGCAACGACGUCAUGGUGAUAGAGUGUAACCUACGAGCAUCUCGUUCCUUCCCAUUCGUGUCUAAGACCAUUGGAGUGGACUUCAUUAGUGUGGCUACGCGGGUUAUGGUGGGUGAACCCCAGGACGAGGCCGCUUUGCCCUCUCUGGAGAACCCCAUCAUCCCUGUGGACUAUGUUGGAAUCAAGGCUCCUAUGUUCUCCUGGCCCCGCCUGCGUGAUGCAGACCCUGUCCUGCGCUGUGAGAUGGCUUCCACAGGAGAGGUGGCUUGUUUUGGACCAAACAUCUACUCCGCCUUCCUCAAGGCUAUGCUCUCUACUGGCUUCAAGUUGCCUACCAAAGGCAUCCUCAUUGGAAUCCAGCAUUCGUUCCGGCCCAACUUCCUGGCUACAGCACACCAGCUAAAUGAAGAAGGCUUUAAGCUCUUUGCCACAGAGGCCACCUCUGCCUGGCUCUCUGCCAACGAUGUCCCCGCCACCCCUGUAGCAUGGCCCAGCCACGAUGGAGGAGAUGCCAAUCUGCCCAGUAUUAUCAGGCUGAUCAAUGAGGGUCACAUUGACCUGGUGGUGAACCUUCCCAACAACAACAGUAAGUUCCUCCGGGACAACUUCCUGAUCCGCAGGAUGGCUGUGGACCACGGUGUUCCCCUCAUCACCAACUAUCAGGUGGUCAAACUGUUUGCUGAGGCCAUAAAGUACGCUAGUGAGCUGGACACAACCAGCUUGUUCCAUUACCGCCAGAGAGAUGCUGACCGCAUUAAGGCUGCUGCAGCUGGACUGCUUGUCUAGAGCUGACCCCUCACCUCUCCUCAUCUCUCCCGCCCUUGCCCAUCCAUUCUCCUCUCUUCCUCUUUCACCUCAUCCCUUCUCUACUCCUUUUACCCUCUUUCCCCUCAUCGUCAGAGCCCAGAAAUCUGCAAAAAGGUGUCCUGCGUUAUGCCCUAAAGAGUUUUAUACAAAAGAGUUAUUCUUGGUUGUGUCCCAAAAAACAUUCCCACGGUAAGGGUCAGGCACCUAGAUUCAGAUACAACUAAGCCCAAAAUGAGAUUAUUGGAAAAUUAUAUUUUUCUACCCUGAAUACACUGACACACAGUCACUAAUAUUCAUUAUUUUAUUUGUAGGAGUACAUGGAUUAAAGAAUUCCAAAAAUAAACUAGCCUAAUUCUAAAAAACUAGCCUUAACUGGAUUCCUGAUGAUUUUAGUCAAAUUAUCAUUGUUUACCUUAAACAUUCGAGGCAAACCAGAUUGAGACCAUACCGAGAAAGAGCCCUUCUUUGUUUCUUCUUUGAUUCUUUAAUGUGGCGGGUACUGUAAAAAAGAAAGUUAAUGAACCAAAACAUAUUUAUUGGGGAAAACCACUGCUGUAAAUUUAGCUUAUAAUUACUGUAUUACGGCACACUUUAUAGACAUGUUUUAAAGGCUCAACAUUUCACCUCUAGGAAAUAGUGUUGGUUUGUGAUCUCACAAAAUCACAUCCAAGGGCACUUCAGAAAUGUUUCUUUCUGUUAGCAUGGUUGUCGUUUCUCUUACUGUAUAUUGAUAUAAGGUCCCUUUUUACUGAAAACACUGAAAAAACUUUGAAACUGUUUGCCAGUUCUGAAGCCUUCAAAAUGAUUCUGCCUAGAAAAUGUGACACUGACCUGGUAAAAGCAGCAGGUGGCCUCCUUUUGUCUCCGUCUAGGCAUUUUAUUCCAUUACAAUGAAUCUACAUGUUGAAUGACCAACGUUUGUGUGUAUUUAUACUCCACAGCGAUCUGCUGCUUUCAGCUGUUAGUCAGCAUGAUGUGUUUUACAAGUGUAGUAAUGAAUGAUACUGGAAGUGACUGGAGAACCGCUACUAGUUUGGCUAACCAAUAUCAUACCCACACUGCAGUCCAGUUCACUUGUGCUUUUUGAAUAUGGACUCUAGAUGGUUCUAUGGACCCAAACAGGAGUUUAGCUUUAGUGUUAGAUUUAGAGUAAAUACAAUUUUGGUUAGGUUAUAGAUUAGGGUUAGGAUUUAGUUCAAAUAAUGAUGUUGAAGGGGAAUACAUUUGGAAAUCCCAAUUUCUAACUUAGUAAGCCUUAUGAGGCAAAUAUCAAGAGACUAAUUCUUCAAAAUGUCUUUUAAAGUUGCCAGUCAACCUUACUGAAAGGUUUAGUUAUUACCAGUUCUAACAGCUGAUUAGUUGUAUUUUAUUUGCUUUUCCAUAUUUUGAAAUCAUGUAAGCUCAAACCGCUUUCCCUUUCUGCAUUCUAUGUACAUACCAAUCAAAUAAAAAUUGUAU